AUUAUAUACGUAUACAAUUUAAAAAGUAUAAUAUAUAUUUUUUAAUGUCACUUUGAUAGGCAACAAAAUUUUCUGCACCUGGGUGUGCGUUUGUGUGUGUUUGUAAGUGUAUGUGUGUGUGUGUGUGGGACAUACAUAUAUACAUAUAUAUGGUCGUUGAUCCCUGGUUAGAAGAGACAGUACUCCGGAGUUUCUCGUCAGUCGAUCGGCGAACUUCGACCACGAAGGUCGUCGAGACGCGGCGAUAAAUGCGACGCGAAUAUAUUCGCCAUUCGCCGCGAGUGCGAUGCUUUAAUUAUAAUUAAAUCUGAUGGAUCGGACGAAGGACAAUGAGUUACCAUCGAGCUCGAUCUCGCACGCGAAUAAACGGCUUUUGGAGCUGGACCUCGAUUAUUUGGAGAGAAGAGGCGGAAAUACAAUAACUUACGAGGGCGCCGAGGGAAGCUCGAAGGAGGAGGAUAGCCCCGCGGACACGUUAGAUCGCGUUAAGGUCAUCUUCCUGGGCGCACCCGGCGUGGGAAAGACGAGCAUAAUCCGACAAUUUGUUUGGAGCGAGUUCUCCGAGGAGUACAGACCGACCGAGAGACGGGAGACGUUCUACCCGAGCGUGGUGCUGGCCGAUCGACUGUACGAAUUGAAGAUCACCGAUCUGCCCACCAUCCCGUACUUCCCGGUCAGCUCGCACCUGGAAUGGACGGACUUCCGCUAUUACGGGCUGCGGAGCGCGACGGCGUACGUGCUCGUGUUUGAUCUCAGCAAUCAGGACACGUUUCAGUACAUUAGGACGUUGCGGGAGCAAAUCUACGAGGCGCGCGACAUGAGAGGCGUACCCCUGCUGGUGGUCGGGAACAAGCAGGACGAGCUGUCGCAGUCGGCCGCCUCCGGAACCAGGUACAGGGACAUCGUGAACCUCGUCCGGAAGCACUGGAGAUGCGGCUACGUCGAGUGCAGUGCCAGAUUUAACUGCCGCGUGGUGCAGGUAUUUCGGGAACUGAUGAAGAGCAUACAGUCCAUAGAGGGUAGGCCGAACUCGCCGUCACCCGCGGCCGCGCAGCCGAUGCGAUCCCAUCCGCACGAAACCAGCGAGAGGUGCAUUCUUCUCUGACAUUAAGAUCAACCGCUUCCCCGUUACGAGGCAGGCUCGAUUAACAAUGCAACAACGCACCGCGUACUCUCGUCCGCGGCAGUUCGGGAGGGAUACCCCAGGGGGGGGGGGGUGGCUUUCCUCCUCGAGAGGAAACGCGCGCAAUCACGCGCGUGGACGAGCGGUUUCGAAAUAAGCGACAAUAAUAAUCGAGAUUACUACUAUGUGUCCGCGGCGUCUACUCGCUGCGACACGCGAAUUAACCCGCCACUCGAAUGUAAUUGGAGAUUUCGUAAUCCGAGCGAGGGUUACUGAGGCUGGCCGAGAUCUCUCGGCCGCGGUUCAACUGGGGAAGGGGGGAGGAGAAAAGGAGAAUCCGCCUCCCCCUUCCCGUUCGCACUUUUUAUAUUCGCGCAUUUAAUCGUACACUCGCGAAUCUAACGAGUCUCUUUUACACGAUCGAUUACGACACUGACGACACGAUAUAUUAUAACAGUAAUUGUUUAGGCAAAUUCAAUUUUGCGCUGUAUAAUUACUUUCGCGUGUGUUCCGUUGAAAUUACGUUAACAUCGAUUUCUGAUGAAUUCCGUUCCCCCGGGAACGGAAUGGAAUCGCGCAUAGGAAUUAAACGCGCGCUAGAGUGCUCAGAAGAAGCAAUUAAUUGUUAAAUAGCGUUAAAAGUUAUAUAGCGAGGCUACGUGAGUUAACUGUUAAGGCAAGGAAGGUAGCGGGGCGCGGCGCGGAACUUUCCCCCUCGGCUCAACCCCUUCUCCCGCGUUUCGGCCUAAUUAUAAUCACGCUGUUAGGUAGGAAACCCGACGAAGCAAUAGCGUAUACAUAUGUACACAUACACACAUAUAUUUUACUAUGCUGUUAAGAGAGUUAUCAAUCGGUUAUCAAGCGUUAAGCGGGAAGGCGAUCUGGUCGAUCGCGAAGGAAACGUAUAUAAUCGUUAAUCAUAUUAUCGAGAUGUUGCAUACACAUAUUACAUAGGCAUGUAUCAUGGUGUUAGCGUUGUUACCGUUUGUAUGUACUCUAAGACGAGAUGCUACGUGCACACGUAAUUUCUAUACCUUGAGUCUCUCUCUCUCACUUUCUCUUACUCUCUCUCUCUCUCUCUUUCUCUCUCUUUCUCUCGAGAUAAAAUGCAUCUCUUCAGGAUUCAUUGCGAUCGAGACGCAUCAGAGAGAAAGAGAGAGAGAGAGAGAGAGAAAGAGACAGCAAUAAAGAGAGCGCGUUAUUAUCUGUUAUUACGUUUGAACGCGUUCGAACGCGCUGUUGUAUAAAGUCAUAUAGCGCGACAGCGGCAUAUAAGAGAUACGUAAGAUCGCUCAAUUUGCACAAAUGUGCAGCAACAACGUUUAACCCGGAACCGUUUUGUAACUCGGCGCGAGCAGCGGCAGCCGCGAAACCGGCGGACCGGCAGGGUGAUAUGCGAGCCCUUGUUUUGUAUGCACACACGCACGACGUUCACAAUAAAAACCAGUGAGAUAUUAAAAUA